AUGGGAAAUCAAAAUUGCUGUCUUGGAAGAAGAAUUAAUGUUAAAGAAAGAGAAUCUAGCGAUGUUAUCCCAAUCGGGAGUAUGACCAGAAGUGAGUAUACAAGGGCUAGUACGAAGAGAUCUGAAGUAUCAAAGAAGAAGCUAUCUAGGAAUCUGACAACAAAGAAUGUGUCUCAGUUUAAGAGAGUUUCAACUAAAUAUAAUGAUUCAUUUUAUGAGGAAAUGAGUGAUGAUGAUUCUCGUAAGCCCUCUCCAGCGGCUUUACUACAGAAGCCUUCUGCUUCCAAGCGUAUAUCUUAUAUGCUAAGCAAGAGUAAGAAGAGUGCAGAAGUAGCUAAUGGUGAUAGAUUCAGCCACCUAGGCAUGAAUGCUAGAUCCAAGUUAAAAUCCAGAGGAAAGUGGAAUAAAAAGGGGAGAAGAACGAUAGGCAUCAGUGCCAAGCUUGAGAAGCAAGACCUUACAGGAAAAUCUGGCUUGAUUGUAAAUUAAGCACACUGUUAUUAGGUCCUCACAAUAAGCUCACAGAGUCAUAACGUGAUGGUGAUGUUAGAGUUGGGAUCUCAGUAAAAAUAAUGUUUCUUCAAUUAAUACAGUUAU